AUGCUGAACGGCGUUUUGACACGAAAAUCAAAUGCCAGAGCAAGCAGGCCAGGCAGGGUCAAUUUCCCCACUUUAAGGAGCAAAAAUCCAGUCAAAUGCCCUGGUAUGCCUGGGGGGAAUGGGGGGUUUUGGCAUAUUAAGGGAUUAUGUAUCAUUCCUCGCCAUUGGGCACAUCUGAUCUGGUCUCUAAACAAUACUUCUUUCCGGUGUAUUUUUCAUACAGAUAGCAAAAAAUCAGAUUUUUUCGUAAAUAAUAAACUGAAAAUCGACAUGUUAAGCAAACAACAACAAAUUGCGUGGUUAUCGAUCUCAUUUCACAGAAUGUACAUGCUUGCAUGCAGUAACAUGCCAUAAGCAUAAAAAAAAAAACGAAAAAUUAUUUUGAACCUUUCGCUUAACAAGAAAAAGUGUCUACUCUUCAACUAAUAGCCACUCAAGAGUGAAAAACAAAAGAACUGACCUUAAACUUUCCAUUUUCUUGACGUCAAUGCAAUGCAUCCUAACCAGAAGUUGACCGUACACAAUCCAACACGAGGCAAGUGAUCGAUCAUCCUUAAUCCUAAUACAGGUGUACACUGCAGCUACAAUAACUGUUGUGUAAACCAGUGCAUUCGAAGGUGAAAAACUCUAUUCCCAAGAAACUCUUCCUGACACUGAAAACAAAUCGAAAUCCGGCUUAAAAACUGAGACACCCGCUCUGUACUAUGCGACCGCUCCUUGUCAUUUAGAAUUGAACACUUCUGCUGACCACAUUUUUUUUCUUUUUUUUCUUUUCUUUUUCUCUGCUGUCCGCGUAAGAACCGAUAAGGCAAAUUUCGGUCUAUCACGGAUUGCCCCGAUUUUCAAGUGGAAGAUAACUAUCCUUUCCCAUAAAGAAAUAUCAUAUUUAUUUGGACCAAUUCAAUUUUUCCUUGACAUCACAGGCAGCCCAAACUCACCUAACGAUGUGACGCGUGACCUUUCUGCUGGACUCGUCGGUGUCACGUUACAGGUGACUGUUGAAAAUAAGAGACUUUCUAUGAGAAAUAAAAUACUGAGAUCUUCGAACGCUAAGUAAGUCUUUUUAAUUUAUUUCAUUGAAGGAAAAAUUAUUUUUAACGUUAUUUAGAGUUCGCAGAUCUCAGUAUUUUAUUUCUCAUACAAAGUCUCUUAUUUUCAACGGUCGCCUGUAACGCGACACCGAUGCGUCCAGCAGAAAGGUCACGCGUCACCUUUGGUAAGUAAAUUACUUUACACCCUUUCCUCGUAACGUGAGUUUGUUCUGCCUGUGGUGAUAUAGGUAAAUCUCGCCCCCUGUAACGGAAUCCGGAAUCCGGAAUCCGUGAGAGUUUUGCUUGUGGAAUCCGGAAUCCGGAAUCCGGGAAAUUUUUUUCCAGCGGGAGUCGGGAAUCCUAGACUUUGGAAUCCAGAAUACAGCUCAAGGAAUCUGGAAUCCUACUAAAGAUUGGAAUCCAGAAUCUAAGUUCCUCUAAGUAUCUGGAAUCCAGAAUCCAGAACUGUCUUCGAUUCCCUUACGAAGGGGCGAUCAAUCUAUUGGUAAGCCCAUAUUUCUUAUCUGUUUUAUGAAGUAUUGAUAUAUCGGGACACUGUUAAUAGGAAGAGUUUAAUAGCAAUCUUCCUCUUCUCAUCAGUGUACACAAAGUGGCUGUAUUCGUCGACGGCUUCUGGCCCAACACAAAGUAAUAACAUUUUAACCUUCAGUUUGUCCACCUUAUCAUCUUUACCUUUUGCAACAAGGUAGAUCUCAAAUUGCAUGGGCAAUUUCCGCCAGCCGGCUCAGCAGCAUUAGCUUCAAGUAUCGAGUGAUCGGGCAUCCUUAAAACUUGCUAGGUCGUUAUGAACACUAAGAAAUGGGACACAACAAGAAAAAUGAAAUGUUUGUUCCUUCAACCCACAGGAUCAAAUUUUACAACUGUAAAGUAUCAUCGUACAUACAGUUGGGUAGGUCACCGCUGAAGCUUUGAUCCGGCAGCAAAAGCUAGCAUUUCCGUUAAAGGCUAGCAUUACCAUAUACGUAAUCUCCUUUGAUGGUCGUACCAACGGACUAGAAAAAAAAAAAGUCAAUUUUUUAUCCCUCGUACGCAAGCUGGAUUUGUUUCUCUGUCGCCUUUAUUUUAAAUCUUAAAUUUUAAAUUUUAAUGGUCGUGCUGGAAAAUAGCCACGAGACUGCCUAAAGCCAAUUGGGGUUAUUAAUCCUGUUAGGCUAUAUUCGCAUUGGCAGGUUUUCGAUCAGCCUGUAAGCUGGGUAGGGCAGCUGGGCGGGUACUUCCACUACAAACAAAGCAAGCAAGGCAUGUUGACGUGGUCGGUGAGUCUGGAAGGCGAAUCGCACCCUACACACUAACACUAACAUUAAGCGCAAUAAGUUACCAAGAGAAAUGAAGCGUCAUGUCGCUGUCGCCGUCGUCGGUUUGUAUUUAGUGCCUAAUUUGGGGUCUUGCGUACCACACGCUGAACGCAGAGGACUCCCCCGUCCAGGGUAGGUGUGGUGAUCGGCUUUCCCAGUGUAUAGGCAAGGGGAAUUUUUGGUUUUUGCUCGCGAAAUCGUAAGUUUACUGCACUAGCUCACUGGCCCCUCUUUUUUUUUCUUCACAGAAAUAAUCACUGCUGAAACUUCAACUUCAGAGAGUACCACACCGCCGUCGACGCGGGAGGAAAAUGUACCUUCACAAACUACAACAAAAGAAGUCUCCUUUGAACACAAGACAGGUUAUUGCAUUGAUAAUAAUAACAAUAAUGAUAAUAGAUUAUUAUUAUUAUAAUCGUAAUAAUUAUUAAUAAAUGUUAUCAGUAUUCUCAUACGAAAUGGCUCUGCACCUGAUAAUACAUGUACACGACUGCGAGUUUUUUGAACGGCUUCAAAAUAUCUGAUAUAGACCAACUCAUUCCUGCGCUAAUAUUAGAUUUGGGGUUAUGUACGUUUGUGUAAGAAGCUGGACGUUGGCCGUUUCUUCAUCAGAUAUAAAGACAAUCAUUAAACAUUAACUUCUUUUGUUUUUUUAUGAACUAUUAUUGAGUUUUGAUUUUAAUUUAAAAGGGUACUUUGGGUAUAGUUGAUUAAAUAAUUAGGCUUAUAACGGUACUGUUUCUUGUAACAUCUAAGUUAUGGUCCAAAAUUAUUAUUUAAUUACAAUUUUCUGAUUAAGCAAAGCAAAAAUGUAAUAAUUUACCGCAGACAUUACACAUUAUUUAUAGCAUCAUGAGGGGUUAUCAAUUCAGACACCCAACCCCAACUCGAGGAGGAGCGAGUUUUCCCUCCCGUACAAAAUAACCUAAUCCAGGGCAUCUUUAUCAAAAACCGGUAAUUGUAGACUCUUAUUCGUAUACGUUGUGGGUAAAUUAAUAAUCAGAUUUUGGCAGAGGAAAAUAACCAACGAUAAAAUUUCUCCACGACAUCUAAAAAUGGUUUUUAUCUUCUAAAACUUUGUAGACUGUUUUUAUUUUUUAUUGUUGUUUUUGUUUUUAAUAGAGUUCACAUGUGAAAUUCGUAUCAACGAAGAGUGGGACGAUCGAUUGAAGGAUGAAACCAGCGAAAGAUUUAAGAGACUUUCGGCAUUACUUAAGGAAGAGGUCUGCUUCAAUUAUAUACAGCUGUAGAACUAUAAACUCAAAAGUUGUCACAACUAUGAAGUGCGUGUGUGCGUGCGCAUUGUUAUGAAUUCCGCAAGACGUCAUUGAAAAAGAUCGAUUGAUGAUCUGGCUUUUUUUCACUGCCACAUGUCAGUGGGAACGUCCUGUAACAGGCUAUUGCUUUAGUUAAACUAUCUUCUGGAGUGGAAGCAACCUUUAAUUACACUUAUUUUUUUUUCUUUGCAGAUUCUAAAGGUAUAUUCUGGGAACUCUGAACUAAUAGAGGUUGAAAUAAUUUCAUUAAGGUAAGGUUUUUUAUUGAAAAUAAUAAUAAUAAUAAUAAUAAUAAUAAUAAUACACCUUUCAACAAUGAGACCUUUUUUAUCAACAUGGAAUGUUACAAGGAAGAGUUUUUUUCCUUGAUUAAAACCAUACAUAGCGACCAUAAUGCUCGGAAUGGAAAUCAUCAGUAUUUUGAAAACAAUUUUUCGAAGAACGUAACGAUUACAGCCACCGUUGCCACAAGGAUGCAUAUGGUUGAGAUAGACUAAUAAUUAUGACAGCUACUUCCCGCAUAUAACUAAUUAACUACAAUUGUAAAACAUUUUUCAUUUUUCAAAACGAUUACAUUUAAAAAAGAACAAGAAGAACAGGAAGAAGUGCAAUAAUAAGUAUACAACCCAGACAAAUGAAAUCUUGAUGGAUAUCUUUUGCAGGCCUGGUAGUAUUAUAGCAGAUUUCCGGCUGAAAUUUAACACAAGUGUUAGUGCCGAUGCAGCUUUGGCUCCCUUAAAGAAAGAAGCGGCCAAAGGGAAGCUUGGGAUAUUAGAGGUGGAACCAAAUUCUCUGAAGCUAAGAAAUACUGAAAAAGGUUAGGUUUUAGUACCCCUUGAGUCCUAUGUAUCGAACAAACAAACAAACAAACAAACUCCUCCCUAGAGAACUUUAUUGAUCUUGCAUUGAUUGCACGUCAACCGUACCGAUGCUCUAUGGGCAAUAAAACAUGUCAAGCUAUACGUUGCCAAGGAUUUUUGUCACGACUCGACGCCAGGCCAAACGAACGUCAACCCCUUCCAUGAAAGCCAUAUAAAAUUUAAGAAAAGCUGACAGUAUCUGUCGAUAGUAACUUUUGUGGAAAUUCCCAAGUGAUAUGUGGCGAUGCGAAGCGAGAAACUUUUUUUCUUGCUCCACAUAUUUUUUACGCAUCAAAGAUUGCAGAAAACGUUGUCUAUUUAAUUUAGCUUGCUAGAGUUUCAGAAGUUAUAGAUCUCUAAACUAGAAGCAUAAUAACGUUUCUGUUGGGAUGUUUGUUACUCCAACGGUUAAAGACAAUUUAAUCCUCUUAACAAAUCCAAGAAGUUAAUGAAUGCUAAAUAUAGUCAAGUACGGUGCCCUUGGAGAGGAACUGGAAUGUCCCUUUUACUGUAAAUACCGGGAAUGGGCGAAUGAAUCGUGACGUCAUUGUUUACAUUUUUACUCAUUAGUAUACGAGUUAACCCAUAGAAGAUGUAGUUGCGUACAUACCAAUUAGGUUCAAAAAUACACCUUAUUCAUGAUGCCCGCCUUCUUUGCACGCGCUUAAGGACCGAUGGGAAAAAAGCGAUGUCAUGUGAUUCCUCAGGGGGCAAACAAGUGAUAAUUUUUUUCCAAUACAAGAAAUGGCAGUCGAGUUUGUUUAUUCUUGACAACAGAAAAUGAACAACUUUUUAUAUUAAAGACGAUAAUGACAACUUAUGAGUGGAAGUCAUCAUCGUUACUUUUUUAAUGUAGUGACGACCGUAGAUGUCCUCACCGUGAGCAAACAAUAAUAACGUUAACCGUACAUUCUGCAUGACUAUUAAAUCGUCGUUUCGUUUUGAGGGAAUAAACAAAGUCUACAGCGAUUUCUCGCAUUGGCAAAUUUUAUCUUUUGUUGGCCCCUGAAAUACCAUAGUUGAAACAGCAGUUGAAGUGAGAUCAAUUAGGAAUACUGCGUGCGUCGAGAGCAAUGGCGUCGGGGAAAAUAUCCUAGAGCACAAUCUUCUCAAAAAAGUGUGGUAAAGCACCUAAGUCUGUUUGGAAAUCCCUGAUUUUCAACAAGUAUUUAAGUAAUGAUCCGGGUAAGGUGGAUAGCAAUUUCUUUUGUUAUGCGGCAACGGUGCUUUCCCCACAUAGGAAUGUUCUCAUUUGUACAAUGCAUAAAUGCAUAAUGUAUUUUUACACUCCACUUUAAAAGGGUGCUUUUUUGUGUUAAAAGAUUUUGACCAAUCACAAGAGUUGAAAACAAUAGCCAAGAAAAGUUUACAAUUUUACAUGUUCCCCAGUAUCCUAAAGAAACAAUAAGUUUGACUCUGGUCUAAAUGUUAUAUGGAAGAUGGUUGGAAAGUAAGGAUGAAUAUAUGUACCGCUUUAUGAAGUUUUGUUAACUUUUGCUGUUUAAGCCAAUCAGAAGUAGAACAGACAAUAGAAAAGUUAGCACCUUUUUUGCAUUCCAACAUAUUCGUUGCCGUUGUUGCUAUCGUUCUUAUCUGGACCGUUUCUUAAUUCGAGCUUGUUGCUUAGGAACAGUCAAACAGCUCACAUCAUUGUUGUCCUUAUCAUUAUAAUGAUAUAGACGUAUAUCACCUACAGCAAGGAGCCCAAAAAGUGUGCAGAUUUUAUCCAAUUAGAAGCCAGCUGGAAACUGUCCUCGACUUCUGAUUAGUUAAUGUGUACAUGAAAGAAUGUGAAUUAAUUAAAGGAGGCCUGUCACACUUUUGGGCUCCUUGCUGUAAUAUUAUAAUUAAAAUAAUUAUUAUCUUUUAAGAAAAAGAACACAAACAGCGGUGAUUAACAUAUUCAACUUACUAAUUUUUAGAAACUUGUAUGCUACUCAACAUACAUUUCCAAAAGUACCGUUUCAGUUUUGAAAACUAUACUUGUAUAAUAGUGAAAAUUAAAGAAUGGGAGCGAGAUUAAGCAGAGAAUAAAAAGAAGCAACUAAUUAAUAAAGCAUCAGCUUCUCGCUACUGACGUUUACAUUGAAAGCUGGCUUCAGUUCCUGUUUAUGCAAUGUUACUUUGAUUUUACAGUGAUAAUCAGUUUCUCCCGAAGCUGAGAUAUCAAAAUGAUCCCACUUUAUGCUGUGUCCGGUGGUUUUGACAUGGUCAGCAAUAGAGCUCCAAAGAAAUGAAAAAUUUAAUUGGGAAAUUAUGGGAUUUGUCAGGAUAUUCUGAAAGAAUAACACCCAACGUUUAGAUCCAAGUCAAUUUACAAGGAUUUGUAUGGAGUCAUAGGAGUAUAACUGGGCUAAUAUCUCAGACACAAUUUGCCCCGAAAGGCUAAGUUUUGGCCAGUAGACGUCAUGGGCGUUGUUCUUUCAGAACAUUUUGACAAAUCCCAUAAUUUCACAAAUUCAGUUUUUAUGAAGUCGUCACUUUAGAACUCUAUGGCUGAUGUGCCGUCCCAGUCCCUUUCACUAUUCUGUAAGUAAUAAUUUUUUAAUUCCUUUAACAGAAGAAAAACAAAAGGAAAAGGAGUUAUCCAGUGAGACCAAACUGCCAUUAAUUAUUGGUGUUUCUUGCGGUGUGUUUGUGGUCAUCGCAGUUUUCACAAUAUGUCUUGUUUACGUGUUCAAAUGGAAGAGAGCCACCCAAUUUGGCAGCAACAACGGUGUUUGGAGUGACAUGCCUGCCGAUGAGUGCAACUCAAGACGUGAGAAAUACGAACUGGAAGUCAAGUAUUCGAAGGACAAAGAACUAAUCUGGGUGGAAGAGAAAGGCAUUUGUAACGAAGGGAUGGAUUAA